AUUACUGAAGAUAGAAGGGGAAAUGGGGAAAAUAGCUCUUGCAGCAAUAGUGAGCUCAUGGGUGGUUCCUAUCACCAUAAUGGUUAAUCGCAUAGUUCCUGAGCCAUAUAUGGACGAGAUAUUUCAUAUACCACAAGCUCAGCAGUACUGCAAGGGAAAUUUUGGAUAUUGGGACCCUAUGAUUACCACUCCUCCUGGCCUGUACUAUCUUUCACUUGCCCAUGUUGCUUCUUUGUUUCCAGGCUUUUCCUGUGUAGAAGCUGCUUCAUCAUUUUCUGAUAUGUGCUCUGCUGCAAUUCUUCGAUCAAUUAAUGGUGUCUUAGCAAUAAUAUGCAGCAUAAUUCUAUAUGACAUAAUUUCUCACUUGAAGCCAACACUUGACGAUAGAAAGGCGAUGCUUCGUGCAGUAGUCCUAUCCUUGUAUCCCCUUCACUGGUUCUUCACUUUUCUCUAUUAUACAGAUGUUGCAUCUGUUACAGCAGUUCUGGCUAUGUAUCUUGCAAGUUUAAAGAAAAAUUACUGGUUUAGUGCAUUGAUUGGAGCCUUUGCAGUUGUUAUUCGUCAAACAAAUAUUAUAUGGGUGCUUUUUGUUGCAUGCACUGGGAUCAUAGAUAUUUCUCUGACGCAUGGAAAGGGUAAUGCAAGAACAGCUGAAUCAGAUGUCUCUAUCAAGGAUGGUUUGGCAUAUGCUACUGGUACGAGUACAGUGGGCUUAAAUCUGAGAAAGCGAAAAUUUGUUAAAUCUGUGGAUACCGUUGAACACUCAUUGCCUGGUACAGAUGCAUCUUCUCCUUCCGUUUCUUCAGGUUUGGUAGAUGAAAUUUGGGCAAUCCUUUUAACAUUAUGGCAUAUGAAGUGGGAGCUUUUGAUUUCAUUUAGCCCCUUUCUCAUGGUUGUGGUGGCCUUUCUUUCAUUUGUCUAUUGGAAUGGAAGUGUUGUUCUUGGUGCAAAAGAAGCACACGCUGUUACCCCACAUUUUGCUCAGAUACUUUAUUUUAGUUUGGUUUCUCUAUUGGCUCAGGCUCCCAUGCAUUUCACUAUCACCCAGGCUGUGGACCUGUUCGAAUUGUUUUGGAAACGUAGGCCCCUUCGUUUCUUUCAGAUUUUCCUGGCUUCUAUUGUUGGCCUUCUCUCUGUACACUUUUUCAGUGUAGCUCAUCCGUACCUUCUUGCUGAUAAUCGGCAUUACCCUUUCUAUCUGUGGAGGAAAGUUAUCAUGGCUCACUGGUCAAUUAAAUAUAUUCUGGUCCCAAUUUAUGUGUUUUCAUGGCUUUCCAUCAUCCAUAUGUUGGGAAAGUGUAGAAAUAAAAUAUGGAUAUUGGCAUACUUCUUGGCUACAGCAGCUGUUCUUGUACCAACUCCACUAAUAGAGUUCAGAUACUACACCAUACCAUUCUAUAUCAUGAUGCUUCACUAUAACAAUAGGGAUGAUCAAAGUUGGCUUCUCACAGGGAUGCUAUAUAUUGGUGUCAAUAUCUUUACAAUGAUGAAUUUUCUGUUUCGGCCAUUUCAUUGGGAUCAUGAGCCUGGAAUUCAAAGGUUUAUAUGGUGACUUAAUUCAUCAGAAAUGCAACAUUGUAACACAGCCUAACUGCACUUUUUAGGCGGUUACUACCAGUUACUAGAGUAAAAUUUUA